AUGGCGUCCCGGUCGAUUAUUUUGAGAUUCGAAAGCCGCAACGGCCAGUUCCGGCUGACAGUCAGCCCUCAGGACUUGUUUCCUACUCUUCAGCAGAAGAUUGUUGAACAUCUACCCCCCAGCACAGAUCCCGCAUCUAUUGCCCUCUCCAAUAAGCCCAUAGGUACUGGUGGUGAAGAGAGGCUUCUAAGCACUCUUGGUGGGGUGGCGAUCGAAAGAGUUGGCCUCAAACACGGAGACAAGCUCUAUCUCGGCUAUAACGAGACACAAGGACAACAGAAUGGCUCUGUCAACGGGGUUCCUGCCUCAACCGAAACGUCCCGCCGCUUGAACGGAGCACCUGUUCCACAGAACGAUACCGUCACCUUCCGCCCCCCGCAACCGACCUCCCCAACCACUGUGAUCAAGAACCCCUGGGAUGUGGUGCAACAAUCACCGCUCGAUGAUGCGCUGGACAAGAAGGACGGCAAGAUUCAUCGGCCCCGCGAUAUGAAGAUGUGUCGACAUGGUCCCAAGGGCAUGUGUGACUAUUGCAUGCCGCUCGAGCCAUAUGACCCCAAAUACCUGGCUGAGAAGAAGAUCAAACAUCUCUCCUUCCACUCGUACUUACGAAAACUCAACGCCUCCACCAACAAAGCGGAGCUCAAAAGCUCUUUCAUGCCCCCGCUCAAUGAACCAUACUAUCGCGUAAGACGAGACUGCCCGUCCGGACACCCUCAAUGGCCGGAGGGCAUUUGCACAAAGUGUCAGCCGAGUGCCAUCAGUUUACAGCCGCAAGAGUUCCGGAUGGUCGAUCAUGUGGAGUUCGCCCACUCAGAGCUUGUCAACUCGUUGCUCAACUUCUGGCGGAAAUCCGGGGCCCAGCGGUUGGGAUUUUUGUACGGAACCUACGAAGAAUACGCGGAAGUGCCCCUGGGCGUCAAAGCAGUGGUGCAGGCAAUCUAUGAGCCUCCACAAGUUGAUGAAGUUGACGGGGUCACGCUGCACGAGUGGCCCGAUGAGAAGGAGGUCGAUGAGGUGGCCCGGCUUUGUGGCAUGGAGAAGAUUGGAGUGAUAUUUACAGACCUGCUUGAUGCAGGUAACGGAGAUGGAUCAGUAGUGUGCAAGCGGCACAUUGAUUCAUACUAUCUUUCUUCCCUCGAGAUCGCUUUCGCAGCGCGCCUACAAGCUCAACAUCCCAAGGCGACAAAAUGGAGCCGAACGGGCCGUUUUGGAUCCAACUUCGUCACCUGUGUCCUCAGUGGAGAUGAAGAAGGUGCGAUCACUGUCAGCGCGUACCAAGCAUCCGUGGCUGCAGUCGAGAUGGUUCGAGCCGACAUCGUUGAGCCGUCCGCCGAACCAUCUGUGAUGCUAGUCCAGUCUGAGGAUGACGAUGAGCAGAACAGAUCUCGAUAUAUCCCUGAGGUCUUCUACCGCAAGAUCAACGAAUACGGCGUCAGUGCCCAGCAGAAUGCCAAACCCAGCUUUCCAGUGGAAUACCUCCUGGUCACAUUGACCCAUGGUUUCCCCACCGAAUCUUCCCCACUCUUCACCGACAGCAGCUUCCCCAUCGAGAAUCGCGAAGUCAUUGGCGAGAGUCAGGAACUACGCAACGUCGCGAAGAAGCUUGUUUCGCAUGCUGACCCGGAGAAGGCAAUCCGUGCCGUGUCAGAUUUCCACUUGCUGUGCUUCCUGCACAACCUCUCCACCUUCAGCAAAGUAUGGCCUGCUGCUAUAGUACAUCGCAAUAUUAUCAGUCGCAUGCUAACAUAUCCCUCCACUCUCCAGGACGAAGAAUCUCUUCUCUGCCGCGUCGCAACCUCCCGUAACCCCGCCGAUGGUAUGCAGUUGAUCAACACCCCCGGCUGGGCGACACUGGUCACAAUUCUGCAGGAAAGUGGUGAGCGGCCCCCCAAGCGCCCCUGGCUGAGCACGGCCACACUACCUCCAUCUUCAUCAUCACCAUCACCAUCACCCGGAUCUGAGCUCCCUCUCCCCAUGAGAAAAGCCGGUCGACGCCCCUUUCCCUCUGCCUCUGCCUCCUCCCGAUCCGCCUCUCCCAAAUCAGAAAGUGAACAGCUUGCUAAGAGGUUUAAGGGAGCUAGCCUAGAAUGA